AUGUGGACAACAACCUCAGGCUUGCGGGGCAAGAAGCUCCAUCUGGCCAUCACCUUCACUUCCGUUAUUGGAUUCUCCCUAUUCGGUUAUGACCAGGGUUUGAUGUCUGGUAUUAUCUCUGGUGACCAGUUCACAAAGGAGUUCCCUCCUCUCGCUAUUCCCGACCCCAACGAUAAGGCCUACUCUGCUCAUGUCUCUGUCCUCCGUGGUGCUGUCACCGCUUGUUACGAACUCGGUUGUUUCUUCGGUGCCAUCUUCACCCUCAUCUGGGGCGAAAAGAUUGGCCGCACUCCCCUCUUGGUGUCCGGAGGUGUUCUCAUGAUUAUCGGUACUGUCAUUUCCACUGCUGCUUUCGGCCCCCAAUGGGGCCUAGGUCAGUUCGUCAUCGGACGUGUCAUUUCAGGUCUUGGAAACGGCAUGGACACGGCCACGAUCCCCGUGUGGCAGUCCGAAUGUUCUCGUGCUCAUAACCGUGGUUUCCUCGUUUGCUUCGAGGGCGCCAUUAUCGCCGUCGGUACAUUUGUUGCCUAUUGGAUUGACUUCGGUCUCUCGUACGUCGACAGCUCCGUCCAAUGGAGGUUCCCCGUCGCAUUCCAGAUCUUGUUCGCCAUUUUAGUCAGUGGUGGCGCUAUGAUGCUCCCAGAGUCCCCUCGCUGGUUUGUCAUGCGAGGACACGACAAGGAGGCAUUGGAGGUCUUGGCCCAGCUAAACGAUAGUGCCAUCGAUGCCGAGGAUGUGCUCACCGAUUUCAACUUGAUGAAAGCCGAUCUUAAGGCCUCCGAGGGUAACAAGGCCAGCUGGAGAGAGCUCUUCAAGUUCGGCAAGACUCAGGAAUUCCAGCGCAUGAUGAUUGGUUGCUCUGGUCAGUUCUUCCAGCAGUUCACUGGCUGUAACGCUGCUAUCUACUACUCGACUCUCCUCUUCGAGCAGAACCUUCACAUGAAGCACCGUCUCUCUUUAAUUCUAGGAGGUGUUUUCGCCACCGUCUACGCCCUAGCCACCAUUCCCUCUUUCUUCAUGGUCGAGAGGGUUGGUCGUCGCAACCUCUUCUUAAUCGGUUUCAUGGGCCAGGGUCUCAGUUUCAUCAUCACCAUGGGCUGCCUGAUCCAGGACAACGAGCAGAACGCUAAGGGUGCCGUCGUUGGUAUCUUCCUUUUUAUCUGCUUCUUCGCGUUUACCACGCUGCCUUUGCCUUGGAUCUACCCUCCCGAGAUCAACCCUCUCCGCACUCGUACCAUGGCCGCCGCUGCCUCCACUUGCACCAACUGGAUUUGCAACUUCGCGGUCGUCAUGUUUACUCCCGUGUUCUCCGACCAGAGUGGUUGGGGUAUCUACCUUUUCUUCGCCCUAGUCAACUUCGUCGCCGUUCCAUUCGCCUGGUUCUUCUACGCCGAGACUGCCGGCCGUGAUCUGGAGGAGAUUGACAUUAUCUUCGCCAAGGCUCACGUUGAGAAGAAGUGGCCCUACCAGGUCGCGAACGAGAUGCCCAAGCUUACUGUCGACCAGAUCGCUCAGAUGCAGAUCGAGGUCGGCCUGGCCGUUCCCGAUCAACAGUUCGCAUCUGAAGCCGAGAAGGCCGAGAUGGCUCUGAGCAGUGGAGAGAGUGAGGGAAAGCACGCCUCUGAUUAA